AAUAUGUGUAUAUAUAUAUAUAUAUAUGCAAGAGAGGAAAUUAGGUGAUGCAAGAAGAUCACCAUAAACAUGGGGAAGUGGUUAAUAAUUUUCCUCGUCUACAUUCUUUCUCAUUUCCCCACGCCUUUGUUAGCCGGCGGCGAGGUUUCCGGCGGGUCGCUCUCCACAGAGUCCCGUUGGAUCGUGGACGAGCUGGGGCGGCGCGUGAAGCUCAGGUGCGUGAACUGGCCGUCGCACCUGGAAGUGGCGGUGGCGGAGGGGCUGAGCAAGCGUCCGGCGGAGGAGAUUUCCGGCGAGAUCAGAGAUUUAGGGUUCAACUGCGUGAGGCUAACAUGGCCACUGUUCCUCUUCACCAACGACACCUUCGCUUCCCUGACAGUCCGGCAGUCGUUCAAGAACUUGGGACUGUCGGAAUCCAUUGCCGGAGUUGUCCAAAACAACCCCUCCAUCAUCGAUCUUUCUCUCCUCGAUGCUUACAAGGAAGUGGUGGGAAGCAUUGGAAGGCAGAAACUGAUGGUAAUUCUAGACAACCACAUAAGCAAGCCAGGUUGGUGCUGCAGUAAUUUCGACGGUAACGGAUUCUUCGGCGAUCAGUACUUCAACCCCGAACUAUGGUUAAAGGGCUUAACCAGGGUUGCCACAAUCUUCAAAAGUUACAACAAUGUGGUCGCCAUGAGCCUCAGGAAUGAGCUCCGAGGCCCUAAACAAAACACCAACGAUUGGUACAGGUACAUGCAGAAAGGAGCCGAAGCCGUGCACGCGGCGAACCCGGCAGUCCUCGUCAUUCUGUCAGGGCUGAGCUACGACAGGGAUCUGUCGUUCCUCGCCAAAAAGCCGGUAUCUUUAACAUUCUCGAAGAAGUUAGUCUUCGAGCUUCACUGGUACGGCUUCUCGGACGGGCAGGCGUGGGCGAACGGGAACCCUAACCAGGUGUGCGGGAAAGUGACGAGCGACACGACGAGGCAGGCCGGGUUCCUGCUCGAUCGAGACUACCCGUUAUUCGUGAGCGAGUUUGGGGUCGAUAUGAGGGGCAUAAAUGUCAACGACAACCGGUAUUUAAAUUGCUUCAUGGGGUGGGCAGCCGAGAACGACGUGGAGUGGGCGUUGUGGGCUCUUACGGGGAGCUAUUAUUUCCGGGAAGGGAUCAUCGGACACGACGAAGCUUACGGCGUCUACGACUGGAAUUGGUGUGGGGUUAAGAACCAGAGCAUUCUUGAUAAGAUAUCUGCUCUUCAAUAUCCUUUCCGAGGGCCCGGGUACGAGGAAGCGCGGCCACACAAAGUACUGUUUCACCCUGCAACGGGACUUUGUGUGACGAGGGUGUCGCUAUUAGAGCCUCUGGUUUUAGGUCCAUGCUCGGAGGCCGAAGCAUGGAGUUAUGGAAACCACAAAACUUUAACAAUACAGGAAACGUAUUUCUGUCUGCAGGCAUCCGGGUUAGGGAAGCCUGCGAAACUAGGGCUGACUUGCAGAGAUGCAAGUUCGAAAUGGGAGGCUAUUUCAGACUCGAAGAUGCAUUUAUCUUCGAAUCUUAAGGAUGGUACCGAUGUCUGCUUGGAAGCAGAUGCAGGCAACAAGAUUGUCACGAGUAAGUGCAAGUGUUUGGACAAUAGAGAGCGUACAUGUGACCCCGGAAGACAGUGGUUCAAAGUUAUUGACAGCACACGACAUAGGAGUCGCAGCAACUCACUAACUCAGGUCGUCUCGGUUGUGAAAUUACUCACAAAGAGCGCCAUGGGGUGGAUCUAGGUUAUAAAUAUUAAAUAUACACUAUGUAAUCAAUAAUAUGAUAAGAGGAUCUCUACAGGAUCAAAUAUGAUUGUAUUUCUACUUUCUCGUUUCUAUCAUACUCAAUUUUAA